AUGACAUCUGACCUAUUAGAGUCGCUCUGGUGGGUAAUAGGAUUCUCUCUCUCGCUGCUGCUGCUGCUGCUGCUUGGCAUAAUCAUUGCUGUCAUAUGGGUGCGGCGCAGCGGGGCGACGCCGCGGCGCCAGCCGUCAGAGGAGGAACGUCCGUACAUCACUAGCGACAGCAGAGAUAGCAGCAUGCAAAACACACCCCGGUGGGUUGGGCAUAAUUCAAGGGAACAUUGCGUGCCUCGCAGUGAAUUAUUUGCCGCGCGUGCCACGUGCCGUAUGCACGACACCGGGUUUGACAUGACAUGA